CCGUCCUCAACCCGGGCAUCCUAUAAUUUCAAGAGAAUCUGAGUUUGGAUUUUGAUACUCUCCUUCGUUGUAGAAGGUGUUGGCAUAGGAGACAUUAGUUACCAGAGCGAGGCCAAGCCAAGAUGGAAGUCAAGCCAGUGAUUAAAGGAGAACGGGAUGGUAGAGCUCAAGUGCCGAGCGACUACCGCUUCGAGGAAGAAAGAGCAAGGGAGAUGAUCAGAGAAGGUAUUCUACCAUCGGACAUCGACCCGGGUGAAAUGGAGGUAACUGGCAGGGAGGUUAAAUUUAUCUUGAACUCAACUGUCGAUGAGACCAAGAUAAGAUGGCUGAAGGAAAGAUCGGUCAUCGUCAUCUUUCGCGAUGGAGCCCUAUUUCUCCCUAAGAAAGUGAAGGAAGACGUGGUACGUGCCUACGAAGAUGUCUGGAUAAGCGAUGAGAUUUUCAGCCAAGAUUUCAAGCGCGGCAGAGUCAAGGUGGAAAGCCCGAACGUGGUAUCGUACGUUCCAAGAGCGCAGGACAUCACCGAUUGGAUGCUCAGGAAGAAAACAGACUUCAUUGACUUCGCCGGGACAACUUACAGAACUGACUUCAAGCCCUGGUUGACGCGGGCGGAGAUUCGAGAUUGGAGGCAACUGAUCAAUCAAGAUACGUUUUGGGUUGUGGCCGUGGGAGUACCCCCGGACGAGAUGCCUUUCCUCCAUGUCCAUGUGGAAAAGGCAAUUGGAAAAGUGUUGAAGCAACACAACUGGAAGCAGACGAGUCCAACCCGAAGCUGGUGAAUCUGAGGUUUGAUAUUGACCUGGCGCAGAGAGCAAAUAUGAAGGACAAAAUCACCGUUCAGACCUGUCAAGGCGAUAUGUUGGAGGUCAAACUUGCAGAUGCAGAUACUGCAUGGUGCAAAAGGUGUCGAACCUUUUUUCAUACGGAGCUCACCUGCAGAAGAACUGAUCGUCGCAACCAAGGAGAAUCACGAUCGAAUCAACAUCAAGCAUCAUUUACACCAAGGGCCACUGAACCUCGACCGGGGUAUGUCGGUCCAUUAAGGGCACCUAGAGCUUCCGCGGA